UUGACAUUAUGAAUAGGAAAUAGAGUUUGAACUUUUUACAUAAAUGUUUAAAAGAGGAUUUGAAAUACCACAACUUUACAACACAUGAAAACUUAUUUUUAAUUAAACAAUACCUACUUUACUACAGUUACACAGUUUGUACAAGUAAUAGUAAACUUACCAAAAUAGGUAGUAGGUACCCAUUGUGUUGGACUGAACAGUAAUUUCUACACUUUCUUUGGAGUUUCCACAUAUAAAAUAAUGUCAACAUGAAUACAACACUGAGUUUACACCAUCUAUUUCAAAAUAAUGAAAUAGAUAAUUUAAAGCAGUUAAUAGAAGAUCUAGACAAAAUUUUUGAUAAUAUACCAGUCACAAGUUCAGAUUUAAUAAAAACAACAUUGCUAGAUAUUGAAACUAUAAAACAGCUUAAAAAUAAACCCAAUAAUGUACAUGUUGUUUUUGGCAAAAGUUUAAGAACUCUACACUGUACAAUUAUAGAUGACAAUGCCCGAGAGCAUAAAUUGUGUGUUGAGAAGCAGCCUAGUACAAAAAAGUUAAAAGUAGUUUCUGUUAAUCUACCAUUUACAUCCUUUCAAGAACAGGAAUACAAUAACAUUGAAGAUCUGACAAAUGAAUUUCUAUUGACUAUUAACAAUUUAUCUAGUUAUUUAUAUGAAUUAGAAACCAUUGACCAUAAUUGUAUUGUAGUUGAACCCAAAAACCCUACCUUUAAAGAUGAUUUUCGAAAUCUCUAUCUUGAUGACAGAACUUGGUUACAUAUUGAAGUUACUCCUGAUGGAUCAGCUAGCAAUGUUCAUCUAAUUGGACAAUCUAAUAAAUGGCAGGAUAAAUUACAAAAAGGCAUAUUGAAAUGGGAUCAUGAUAAAAAUAUUGUAGAAAACAUUCUUAUUAUUUUUGAUUUAAAUAAUUUGAUUGAUAUCAAAUCUACCAAGGACUUAAGUGCAGAGAAUACUGCAUUUUUAGAAGAUGACUGCUCAGAAAAUAUAACAUGUAGUAUUUGUUUCUGUACCGAACUCCCUGAUAAUCCUGGUCUUCCACAGCCUUUAUGCAAUAAUCCUAGCUGUGAUGUCAACUAUCACAAAAGCUGUUUGUUUCAGUGGCUGAUUGCUUGUGAAGGUGGUAGACCUCCAGCAUUUGGUGUCAUCAAUGGAAGCUGUCCCACAUGUCUGCAUCCAAUUACUUGUAGUGAAAAUGAAUGAUUUUUUAUAAAACUUUUUCAAAUUAAAUAGAUUUUACACAAAUAAAUUUUAUGAACGAUGCGGGAUUCAAAUCCGCGACCUCUCGCGUUUCGUGCGAGCGCACUUUCCACUGAACCAACCAUUCAAGUGACGUAUCGUUGAUAAAUCUUGUAUGUCUUGUACAACUCUCAGUAGAAGUGAUAACCCACUUUAAAAAUAAAAUAACAAACUGUUUAAAUAGAUUUUAUCCGCUGAACAUUAAAAUAGGUAUAGCAAAAGAAUUUAAUUACAAGUGAAUGUGUAUAUCUUAUAUAUAAAAUUCUCAUGUCAUGGUGUUAAACAUUGAACUCCUCUGAAACGGCUUGACCAAUUCUCAUGAAAUUUUGAGUGCAUAUUGGGUAGGUCUGAGAAUCGGACAACAUCUAUUUUUCAUCCCUCUAAAUGUUAAGGGUGGCCCACACGAUUUUUUUUUAAUUUUUUUGUAAUUAUUUUUUUAAAUUUGUUUGAUUAUGAGUCAGCAUUAAAAAAUACAUACAACUUCAAAUUUUCACCCAUCUACGAUCAACAGUUACUUUUGUAUCGCAAUACAACAUUUGCUGGGUCAGCUAAUUAUAAAUAUGUAAAAAGUAAAAUUUUAAGUUAUGACAUCACCUUAAAAGAAACCAGCUGUGUAUAUCCUCUACAAGACAAAUAAAGCAGUUGAACAUAA